GUUUCCAAAAGGAACUGACUUUGCGCUCAACUCUCCUAUCGCUGUCUCGCUAUUCACGUAACCAUACUUUCAAUGAUUACACACUUAUUGUAUCAUUGAUUGCAUCACUCGCUCGUCGAAAUACCUCACAGAUCCGUCAUCUCAUCCCAUCAUCCCUUGCUUUCCAAUGGAUUAUCUCAAAGAAAAAGUGGACAAUUUGGAAAUCAUUGUCUUUGACUUAGAUUAUACUCUUUGGCCAUUUUGGGUCGACACACACCCCACGCCUCCCUUUCGGCACAAGAAUGGAGGGGUAGUCGACGCUCGCGGCCACAAAGUCGGCUUUUAUCCAGAAGUGCCCGAAGUUUUGAAAACACUAUUUUCAAUGGGGUAUACAAUAGGAAUCGCCUCUCGGACUUCAGCGCCAGAAGACGCGGAAGAAUUGCUGUCAUUAUUUGAUUGGAAUAAAUACAUCGCUUAUAAGCAAAUAUAUCCCGGAUGUAAGAUAACUCACUUCAACCGCAUUCGCAAAGAAAGUGGAGUCCAAUUGUCACAAAUGCUCUUCUUUGACGACGAGUCCAGAAAUAUAAAAGAUCUUAAGGCCGUUGGAGUGACCAGUAUUUUAGUCAACGAAGGGGUCGAUAAAGUUGUCAUUAAUGAAGGCAUCAAACAAUUUGUUACAGAAAAACAAUGAUAUUAAAUGAUUUAUUAUAAAUAAAGAU